AUGGCAGCCUUAUCUCAGCUCAAAAUGAACUAUAUGCCCGGCACCGCCAGCCUCAUCGAGGACAUCGACAAAAAGCACUUGGUCCUACUUCGAGAUGGAAGGACACUUAUAGGCUUUUUGAGAAGCAUUGACCAAUUUGCUAAUUUAGUGCUACAUCAGACUGUGGAGCGUAUUCAUGUGGGCAAAAAAUACGGUGAUAUUCCUCGAGGGAUUUUUGUGGUCAGAGGAGAAAAUGUGGUCCUACUAGGAGAAAUAGACUUGGAAAAGGAGAGUGACACACCCUUGCAGCAAGUGUCCAUUGAAGACAUCCUAGAAGAACAAAGGAUAGAACAGCAGACCAAGCUGGAAAACGAGAAGAUGAAAGUUCAGGCUCUUAAAGAUCGAGGUCUCUCCAUUCCUCGAGCAGACACUCUUGAUGAGUAUUAA